AUGGCAGGGCUUUGUGUCCGCUCUGCUCUGGUCACUGGGGCCAAUCGAGGAAUCGGCCUGGGAAUUGUCAAGCAGCUCCUGCAGAUGCCAAACCCACCCGAGUGGGUCUUUGCAGCCUGCCGGGACCCCAAGGGAGAGCGAGCACAGGAGUUACAGCAUUUGGCCUCCAAGCACGCCAACCUGGUCAUCAUCCCGCUUGAAGUCACCGACCCCGCCAGCAUCCAGGCAGCUGCAGGCAGAGUCAGGGAGCACCUGAAGGACUCUGGGCUGAACCUCCUCAUCAACAACGCUGCAAUACUGUUGAACAGGACUUUGGAAAUUGAGACUGUGGAGAACAUGGCCCAGGUGUAUGCCACCAACACAAUUGGGCCCCUGCUGGUGAGCCAGGCAUUCCUGCCCUUGCUGAAGAAGGCUGCCCAGGGAAGCUCGAGCUCUGAGCUGAGCUGCAGCAAGGCAGCCAUCAUCAACAUGUCCAGCUCUGCUGGCUCCAUAGAGGAAAUUUUUGUUUGGGAUUAUGGGCAAGUUAUUUCAUACCGCUGCAGCAAGGCUGCUCUGAACAUGCUCACCAAGUGCCAGUCCUUGGGGUACCGGCAACACGGCAUCCUCUGUGCUACUCUCCACCCUGGCUGGGUGCAAACAGACAUGGGGAAUUUUUCCUCCACCAAGCCCCCACUGACGGUGGACGUGAGCGUACAAGGAAUGCUGAAUGUGCUCUGCUCCCUGUCCGAGAAGGACACGGGUACUUUCCUGGACUGGGAAGGGAAAGUAGUGCCCUGGUGA